AUGCGCUACCUGUUCUUGUUGAGAGCCGUGUUGCUUCCGACUGUACUCAGUACUGUGGCAGCAGCAAACACCCAAGAGGAGGCGCACAUGUUUCUCUGUGCUUCUAACGCUACCACGGCUUCCAGCCAUCGACAACUGACCAGCAACCAAGGAUUCUUCAAUCCCAACAUUUAUUACCUUGUAGAAAAGGGAGAGAGCGGCAAAUACGUGAAAGCAACCAAUGAGCCACAACAUACUUCCACCAUUUGGGAUAACUUUAGAAAGACCAAAGCAGCUUCUACCAAUGCAGACACUAGACGUACGAACAAAUUCUUCCAUUGGAGAUUUGUCUACAUCGGUGAUGCUGGCAAUGGAGAAGGCCUGUACGAAAUGAUCAAUCGAGGGACCGGCCGGAAGGCGGGGUUUCAACAACAAGGUCCUCAUAUUGGUGGCCCUUGGUUUGUAACUUUCACCAAAGCCACUGGGAGCAAGCGCGUGAAAAUCCGCGCCCUCACUGCUGGUCCACGGAAGUUUAAGAUUUUUGCUGAAUACGGAGGUGGACUUUAUGCUGGCCUGGAUUUCAACAGCAAUGAUUAUAUUACUGCCGACAGCACUGAUCAAGAGUCUAGAGUAUUUCGGUUCACGGCGCUUACGGACUAUAUCCCUGUCGAUGAAAAGGGAGUAGUUCCCAUCCCGCUCCUGAACACGCACACAUCAAUGAAACAAAUGACAAGGGACUUCGUGGCAAACUCGAUUACGUAUUAUACGUACUCUCAGAACUUCCAUGUCUCGACAGCCGCAAGCAUUGCAAUUAUUGCCUUCAACGAAGGGUUCCCAGACAAUUCCCAGGCAGAAAUUUUGAAACAUUUCGCAAAAGAAAUGCAUGAAAGAACUCGCGUAAUGAUAACUGACUCGCAGGCUGAGCAAAAUGUGCAAAGAGCCUCCGAUCUCAUCACGGCAAACUCUGAAAACUACCUCAGGUCAUGGGCAAACACGGCCAAGGAAUACUUCUCCGAGGCCACGCCAGAGAUCGACGGGAUCCGCUUUGAUCUGCUCGGAAGCCUGGAAGGAAUCAUUGAUGCGAUGCACCUCGCUAUUGCGGAGAAAUUGAUAGAUUUUGAGUAUGACGCGAGUGACGACGUAACAGUGGCUGCCAGUCGGGAUGGCUUCCCUCUGCUCAAGCUUGCGGUUUCUGAGGCUCUUGGAAUGAUUCUCGACUAUAUGGCUGUGAAGUCCUAUGUGGAAUACAUGACUGAUCCGGCCAUUGGUGACACUGGGUGCAAGAUGCCUGACGACACAGCCUCAUAA